AUGGAGACUCUUUCGGUCUUCCUUGAUGUUCCGUUAGUCAAAGCAACGCUUCCCUUGGAUGCCUACAGGGCAGAUCCUUCACCCCAAAAGGUGUGCCUUGGCCAUGCAGGCUGCCAGACAGAUGCGGAUGAAGUCUGGAUCCCACCAGUCGUGAAACAAAUCCUGCUUCAAAUCCCUCAGGACCCAACACUGGACCACGAAUACCUCCCAGAGCUCGGGGUUUUGGAAUUCACCAGAGCAGCCAUGGAGCUAGCGAUUGGCAAGGACAGCCGUGCCCUCUUAGACAACCGGGCAGGUGGUGUUCAAACAAUAGGUGGGACCGGCGCUGUGUGGAUUGGAGCCGAAUUUCUUCGCCGUUGGUACAACUACUACUUGGCUUCAGCAACUGUUUUGAUUGCCACACCACACCUGGACAAUCUCGGUUGUAUAUUCCAAGUCGCUGGCUUUACAGACAUUCGUACUUACCAUUACUGGGAUCCCGUCAAAUUGACUGUCGAUACAGAAGGGUUCCUGGGGGAGCUGGAGGGUGCGCCAGAAGGCUCCGUUGUGUUCCUGCAUGCUCCUGAAGAAACUGGCCUGACACCCAAACAGUGGACAGAAGUUGCAGAAGUGAUGGAGAAAAGGCACCUCUUCCCCUUUUUUGACAUUGCAGCUCAAGGACUGGCUUCAGGCAACUUGGACAGGGAUGCUUGGGCAUUGCAGCACUUUGUGGGGAAAGGUUUUGAGCUUUUGUGCGCCCAGUCUUUUUCUAAAAUCUUUGGCUUAUAUGAUGAGAGGGUGGGAAACCUCAUUGUGGUGACGAAAGACAAUCAGACACUGAUCAGAAUCCAAUCCCAGCUGGCCAAGCAAAUACGCAUGACGUGGUUUGGGCCCACCAGCUUGGGGGCACGGGUCAUAGCAAUGGUGCUGACCAGCCCUGCUCUGCUAUAUGAGUGGAAACAGAGUCUGCUGUCACUAGUAAAGAGGAUUAUGCUGAUCAGAGAAAAACUGAAGGAGAAGCUGCGUAUCCUGGGGACACCAGGUUCUUGGGAGCAUCUUACAGCCCAGUCAGGAGUAUAUAGCUUCAUUGGGCUCCUUCCUUCCCAAGUGGAGUUCCUAGCGAAGCAUAAACACAUCUACCUCCUUGCAAACAAGCAGAUCAACAUCUGCAGCAUUAACUCAAAGAACCUGGACUAUGUUGCACAGAGCAUCCAUGAAGCAAUUGUGACCACACUCUUUCAAGAACACCAAAGUGAGAACAAGGAAAAGUCAACUGAGGCCCAUCCCAGAGUCCAAUGGAGCCCGUCUGAAUAA